AAACCAUUAUCUUUUCUCAAUAAGCCCAAUUUUGUAUUCACUGAACUUUGCGCGCUGGUCACAAGGCGUCGUUGCGGUUUGGCGCGUGUUGGAGCUUGACCCAUGGCUAGUCUUCUUCUACCUCUCAACCGCUAUCCUCCCAUCCCAAUUCGAAACCCUAAUUCUUCUUCCCUUAAACACAACAUCAAUCAACGCUAUUGUCCUUUCAUAACCGUACGACAUUGCACCCUAAUCGUUCGUGCAUUGGAUGAAGAUUCGAACGCUAAAACCCAACAAGAUGGCGAGGUGAAUAAUUUAGGAGUCAAAGCUGCGCUGUCCAUGUUGAGAUUCUACAAGAGGGAAAUUUCACCGAUAUUGCCCAAGAGUUGUCGUUACGUUCCAACUUGCAGUGAGUAUUCCAUGGAGGCUUAUAAGAGGUAUGGAGUUGCGAAGGGUACAAUUUUGACGGCGUGGCGUCUCUGUCGUUGCAAUCCCCUUGGUGGGUAUGGAUACGAUCCUCCUAGAUGGUUUGGUGAGGAUAUUCCACAGGAAGAUGCUGAUGACUGAUUAAUAUUGGUGGCCGAUUUUGCAUUUACCUAUUUUAUGUGACUUCUAUACACUUGGAUAAGAAGUUCUGUUCUAACCACAUCAGAGAAAUUGGAUUAAGAAAAUGAUAUCUACGAUUGAAAAUAGUGCUGAUAUCCAGUGCUACUGUAGCAGAAGUAAUGCAUUCAGGUAUUCUUUAUACACUUGUGUAUGGAAAUUGAGAAUGAUAUGCCCUUCAUCCCCUCACCAGUUAUAUGCUUAUUUUAAUAUGGUUCCUUCCCUGAUUCUCCUUGUUUGUUGCUAACGAUGUUUUCAAAUGCAUGGUAUAAUGAAAAUUGAACUUUGAAGGAACGUUUUGGGAAUGAUUGUUGAGUCCCAAAUUUCAAUUGAUGUCUAUCUCAGCUGCUAACAAUUUUGAACAAAAUGAAAUAACACUGCUAAUCGGUGGCAAUUGCCAUUAGGUAGGCUUCAGGCUUCCUGUUCCUACAUCC